AGUUUACAUGGCGACGAUCCGUUACAAACAAAACGAAACCACAAAAGAGAGACCCAGAAAAGGCAGAAAAGGUCACCGAAAAAAGAACGACAGUCAAAAGCAGAUCGCGAGCUAGGCGUCCUACAAAAAAAAACCGACGCAAUGUUGUUACGAAACUGACAAAAUUAAUAAUAUCUGAUCGCCAAGAGUGCCUUGCGUAGGAUCGCGAAAAGUGCGUUUAAUAUUUGCAUCUACAAAACGUUAAAAUUCGUUUUUUUGUGAGUUUUAUUUGUGAAAAUGUUUAAUUUGUAAGUUGCUGUUCGUUGUUGAAAUUUUGAAGAAGAAAAAAAUGAAAACGGUUUGGAAAAACUAGAUUUUCGCUUAAAGAGACAACGACGUCCGAAAUGUCCAUCAAUAUAACGGUGCACGCAAACGGACAUCCGACUGGAGGUUCCGGCAGUAGCAGCCAGCAACCGAAUCCGUUCGCCAGCCUGGAGAGUGUCCGGAAGGCCGAGAAUGAGCGGCUGCGAAAGUUGAGGCUGGAACAGGUGCGGCAACAGUCCAAGGAGCUGGCAGCCAAAGUGCGCCGGAAGUUCGAAACGGUCAAGCAGAAGGAGCUACAGAAUGUGCAGAAAACACGCCAGGCCGAAAUGGACCGUUGGAAGAGAAAGCACAUUGCCCGGCUGGAAGAUAACUAUUCCCAAUGUUUGCAGAUUGUCGGCGAAGCUCACAAGGCCGCCGAAGCGGCCGAGCAGUGCGAAAUUUGGUUCCAGGAGAAGAAAGCUUCCCAACAGGCUGCGGCCCAGCUGAGGGGACGUAAAGCAGAAGCUCAGAUGGUCAAAGAGAUCCAGGAAAAGGAACGCAAGAAAGCUCAGAAACGUAAAGAAUACAAACCAUCCAAAUCGGUCGGGAUUCAAGUGGCAGUACCGGCCGAGAAACCCCUAGAAGAGAAAAUCUCAAACAACAAGAUUCCUAUGGAAGAAAGUUCUUCUUCAAUUGAGACCCUAAGUGCCUUUGAACAGUUUAAGAAAUCGUCUAAAUCUAAACAGAAAACAACUGCCGUUCCUACGGAACUUUUCUCUUCAGACGAAGAGUUCAUCCCUUCAGGUAAAAACAAAGAAAACAUUCCAUCAUACGACUCAACCACGAAACAGGUGGACACACUGUACUACAACCCGUCUUCGUUCAUGUCCCCGGACACACUGAACUCAGCGGCUCCUGCACUAAAACCACCGUUAAAACCAUUCACACAAGUUUCGGACUUCAUCAAAAAACGACGAGACGAUCGAAUCGAAAACCACACCAGCAACACAACACUAGUCACCAAAAACGUCCAAUUCGACGACCUAAGCGAAAACACCCUCUCAUUUCCUACCAGUUCAGCUUUGGACAGAUCCCUGCUGCAGCCGGAAUCGCCCCGAAAACCAGUUCGAAAAACAAUGGUGGAACGACCGAUCGAACCACUCCCAGCUGCUCCUUCUGGAAGUUCCCAUCAAUCACAGAGAAGUCCAUCCAAACGAGGACCUACCGGCGGUGCCAAGGUGCAGUACUACGAUUACAACAACCGAUAUCAGAAGGAGUACGUCCAACCGGUGGCGAUCGUUCAACGGCACCGUGCGGCGGCCCCCGGGGAACUGAACGCCAUGCAGGAAGCCGAACGGCACGAGCGGCUGCAGGCGGAGAUGUUGGACGCUAGGAAACAAAUUGGAAAACAACAGCAGGACCGUUCGAAACAAGCACUGGAGAAGCUGCAAAUUCGGAAGGAUUACGAGAAUCUGAAGGUGGAAUUGGAUAAAUUGGUGCGUGCCGAAAGCAAGGUUAAAACAUCUGAAGGGGGCCCCAAACCUCCACCAACGGAAACUCAGAAGCGACAACGGGCGGAAACUAGGCAGAGUCGAAUGAACGAAGCGGUAGAAGAUCUGCUCAAGCAACGGGUACUUAUCACAUGUCCGGUUGUUCGCGGAAGACCAACAACUGCUCGGGAGGAAGCGGCGCGUGCUACAGCUCGUGCAGCCGAAAUAAACGUAGCUGGAGCCACUUCGGCUGCCGCCGGAUUUCUAGAUUCUGACCUACGUGAUUCCAAUAGCUCGGACAGCUUCAGUACCAUUCUGUUGGGGUACGAUCCAGCGACUGGGAUUGAAAGACCGCGUAUCCCUCUUCCGGCGGGGAAGGAUGAGAGUAAGAUUUCAAAAUAUAAGGAACUGUUGGAACAGUUGAAUGUUCAAAAGGCUUUGUUGCUGGAUGAACUGAAAAAAGAAGAGGAAAUCGAACAGGAAUUGCUGCGUCAACCUGAGGUGACAAAGAAAGGUAGUAAGCAAAAGUCAGACGACGGUAUUCAAAAAUUGAAACAGAGACAGUUGGAGCUUGAAGAACAGCAGAAGAAGUUGCAUGAGAAGGAACGUGAAAUAUUUGAGCUUGAAAAACAGCUCAAGGAGAAACUGGAGCGUCUCGAUAAGGACAAGGCUAAACCUAAGAUUCCCAAGUUCCACAUAGAAGCAAAAGGAUCGAUUGAUGCGGAAGUUAAAACCGUACCGGAUACCGAUUCCAACGAGAGUCUUCAAUCGGGCACAGAUAUUCCGGUUAAGAUUGUGAUUGUGGUGAAUGAAAAGUCGGAGAAAAAGGCGAAGAAGACGCCUAAGAAACCAGCGCCUCAGGAACGCAAAAGAAAAGCGGUUAAGGAAGCACCGGAAAAAGUACCGGUUUCUGAACCGGAUCCUGUACCGGUUCCUGCAUUAAUUAAAGCUUCUAAACCAAUUGCUAAACCUAAAGAUAUACAACCACAGGAAAUAACGAUGCAGCAAAACAUGGACCAAUCACCAAUAAGUUCCACCACAUCGACAGUCUAUCGGCAACUUCCGAGUCGAAUUGACAAUCGAGUUGGAAAUUUCUUGAACCAACUUGAACAAAAAAGUUAUCAAGAACCUCCACUUACACAACAACGUCAAUCCACGAGUAAAGUAAAGAGCGCAGCUCCCAAGCACCGGUUGGAAAAAUUAAAAACUCCUACCCCACAACCCCAGAGUCAAGAAUUGAACCCAGCACUUAUGCAAUACAUAAUCCGACUGCUAGGAAUGUCUCGCCAAUCUAUCGAUCAGCUAGGUGUGAGUUCUUCUACAUCAGUAUCGACACCACAUGAUUCUGUGCUGAACGUCGCUAGUAAUCAAUCGACACCAUCUGAUGAAAUCAGCGUAGAAAACCAAUCACGCAUGGAUCGCUUACGUAGAUUUAUCAAUCAAAACUAUGACUUUUUGAAUGAAAUUGACGAAACUUUGAAGGAGCACCAACUUAGUGGCACGGUAGACGAAAACAUAAGCCGAGUGGAAGAUGUUUGGAUGAAGACGCUUACCCGUAAGGAGCAACAGUCAACUCCGAAAACCAAGGAACCUCAAAGAGCACCUGUCCAAAUAGGACAAUCGCCACCAGUUAAAGAUACCUCACUGAAAUCGAUUCUCAAAUCACCGAAAAAACCUUCCCCUAAACUAGCCAAAAUAAUUACUCCUCAAGGGCACAUCGAAGUGAUCAACUUGAGUGAUCGUGAAGAACAGGAGGUUCUCGAAAAAUAUGCACAAAUGGCAGAAGGAUGUAAUAAACGAAUCACCGAACUGUCGGAAAUGAUCCGCAAAGUUCGGGAAGAGAAGAAAAAGCUGAUUGAAAACAGUAUAUCCUCCAGUGAGCCGCAGGAGUCCACUAAAUACAUGGACCUCCCAGGGACAAAACCUCCGACAAACACUCAAUUAACAGCGCGGACAAGCCAGCAGCCGGCCGACGAAACCAGUCCCCGAUCGGCCAGGGACGAUCCGGUGAGCGAGGAACUUCGUGGCAUCUUCACGGCUUCGUCGGCCCAGCAGCGGCAGAUUGGGUUGAGCAAGGACAGCGGAAUCGCCAUGUCACGGCCGGUGACAUCGUCUGACUUUCGUGACAGUCCCGAUGUUGCAGCAUCAACAUCACAGCAAGCACACACUCGACCUGCGCAGUUCGUCGAAUCUUCCGAGGAUCUUAGCUCAGCCCGGGAAGCACCGAUGGCCGAGGGACCAGCCUUCGAACCACUCCUCAAGGAUAUUCCUAAGGUAAAACCUCUUGAUUCGCAACGACCUGAUCUUCCGCAAGCGAAAGACCUACCGGCACACCACAAACAACAACGCACAAAGCCUCCGGUUGCGAUCACUCGGUACAGUCCCCAGCUGGAUCAGCCGACUACCGCACACGAACUGUCUACAAUUCUAGAGGUUGAGACGCCCGCAGCCUCCAAAAUCAACGUCUCGAUCCCCAAUGAAAGUGGUACUGUCGCUGCGGCCAUCGCUGAUAGGGAACCAAUAGAUCCAGCGGAACAAUUACUGAUCGAAGCUAGGGACAAGCUGCUGGAACAUGCUCGUGCCCUCGGGUACGAAGGUUUCCCCAACUAUGAGGAGUACAUUCAACGGGAAAAUCUCGAAGACACCCGGUACGAUUUGGAGCGAACCAAUCUAUCUAGACUGAACGAGCUGUUGAACAUGACCGGUUCGAGCGAUAUCUUGAAGUAUCGGAAAUAUUCUGCGCCAGCCCCGGAGAUGAACAUCACCGAGGACACUUCCAAAGAAGGCGAAAGUGUUGACAACAAAAGAAAGCCUCAAGCUUGCAGUAAUUCUAGUUCCAGCGCGUCCCUUCCCGAUGUCAUAGCUGAGCUGAAGCUCAGAAAUCUUGUUGAUAAAUCCUUCAACAUUUAUGUUGAUGAUUCUAAUCGAUCUACUCCAGAUUCAGGGUCGCUCGAAAUUAUUCAACCCAUCCCCAUUGUUGAAAAGCCUUCGUCUCGGAAAGGAAACGAUCACUCAGAUGCCACCGAAUCUCUGGAGCGUGACCUUCAAAAACUGGGUCUCCGUUGGGCUUCUUCAAUGUUGAAAAAGAAUCACGAGGUACUGCGGGAUCAAUCCAGCAGCUCAUCCUUAUCUGCAACCGUUGAGAGACGUUCGAACACCAGAAACACAAAACUCAACGAUCAGAACGAAAGUGGCGCUCCGCUCAACCUGAAGCAAUUCAUCGCUCGGGAACUGAUGAUCAGAACCCAAACCGAUCUCAACUCCCUUUCGGAUUCGUCCAGUCCUGGAAGUUUUUUGUUACGCUCGCUGCUGGACAUCAGUAACAUCAACACCUCUACCCCAGAACUUUUGACGCAUACGACGACGGAUAAAAACGUGCAACGAACGUCAACUCCGGUGGCAACCAAAUCGUCGAUCAGUACUCCGCGGGAUCAGCGUGGCGGUCCUUCCAAUGGUGUUGGUGGUGGUCGUGACACAGGAGCUAACGCAACCCUCGACGGAACCGGCGGGCUUUUUUCCGGUGAGUCAAGAAUCUCUUCGGUUCAUUUAAGUUCCGGUUCUUCUGGAGGCGAAAAUAAGCUGUCCGCUCCGAAUGUCCGGCUGGAUGUGGAACGAUUUAAACAAGGGUGAGAGAGAACCCUUUUUAAGGUAAUUUUAGCACGUUUUAAACAGUGACUUCUGCUCAACGUUAAGUUGUGAUGUUUUUUAAAAAGUAAAUUAAAUAGUUAAAUUCCGUUAAUUUGAUUCCAAAACGCAGUCAGUCUUUCUGACUAAGCAUUUUAAAAUUGCAAUUUUGAACUAUUAUAUUAGGAUACGAUUAAGUUUUAAACACUAGUUGAAAUGAUUGCAUUUAAGUUUAUAAACAACAAACAAGAACUGGGGAAACCGCUGAUCUGUACUGUUAAAUUUAUAACCGGAAAAUACAUU